UCUCCACAAAGUGGGAAUAGAGGGAACAUACCUCAAUAUAAUGAAGGCCAUGUAUGACAAACCCACAGUCACUGUCAUACUUAAUGGGCAAAAACUCUAAGCUUGGGAACAAGACAGGGAUGUCCGCUCUCAGCACUCUCAUUCAACAUAGUACUGCAGUCCUAGCCACAGCAAUCAAGUAAGAAGAAGAAAUAAAAGGCAUUCACCCUGGAAAGGAAGAAGUAAAACUGGCAUUAUUUGCAGAUGAUAUGAUACUGCAUAUGGAGAACCCUAAAGAAAACAUUUAAAACACGUUGCAGAAUUAGAAUACUUCUAAAUACUUCAGCAUGAGUAUUAUGAACUAGAAUUCGAUAUUUACUUGUGUAUGUAUGGUUGGUUCUUUUUUUUGUUUUUAUUUUGGUUAAUCCUCACUUGAUAUUUUUCCAUUGAUCUUUUAGAGAGAGGGAAAGACAGAAACACAUCGAUCGGUUGCCUCUUGCCUGUAACCAAGGUACAUGCCCUUGAUUGGAAUCAAACCUGGACCCUUUGAUCCACAGGCUGGCGCUCUAGCCACUGAGCGAAACCAGCUAGGGCUGUGUAUGUAUGUUUUUUUAAGUUUAUUCAUCGCCUGAAGACCUAACAGUGUCUAAGGGACAAGAAGUGGAACCUGGGAGUGUGGUUAAAUAUUUCACUGUUGUUUGGUGUAAGGCUUCAAAGAAAAAGCACAAAAAGUGGGAAGGUGAUGCUGUUCUUAUUGUCAACGGAAAAUCUCUUACAUUAAAGGACCUGGAAGGCAAAGACAUUGGAAGAGGCACUGGAUAUAAAUUCAAAGAGCUUGAAAAGAUUGAAGAGGGCCAUACAAUGAUGAUAGGCGGAAAAGAAAUAGAAGUCAUGGGUUCGAUCUCCCCAGAUGAUUUCAGCAGUGGCAGAUGCUUUCAGCUUGGAGGAGGAGGUCCUGCUAUAUCAAGUUCUUCUCAAGCUGCCAAGAAGUGUUUUUCUAACCCCUUAAAAAGUGUCUAUAAACCAAGUUCAAAGGAAAAUAGGCAGAAUAGUUUCCAAAAUUGCAAACCACGCCAUGAUCCAUGUGCACCAAAUUCCCUUGUUAUGCCCCGACCAGACAAAAAUCAUCAGUGGAUGUUCAAUAAAAACUGUUUCCCCGUUGUGGAUGUUGUGAUAGAUCCUCACCUUGCAUAUUAUCUUCGGCCACAUCAGAAAGAAGGAAUCAUAUUCCUUUAUGAAUGUAUGAUGGGAAUGAGAGUGAAUGGCAGAUGUGGCGCUAUUCUUGCUGAUGAAAUGGGUUUAGGGAAAACAUUGCAAUGUAUUUCACUCCUCUGGACUCUACAGUGUCAGGGACCUUAUGGAGGCAAGCCGAUAAUAAAGAAGACACUUAUUGUCACACCUGGAAGUUUGGUGAAUAAUUGGAGGAGAGAAUUUCAAAAAUGGUUAGGAAGUGAAAGGAUCAAGAUAUUUACUGUUGAUCAGGACCACAAAGUAGACGAAUUCAUCAAAUCUCCAUUAUAUUCUGUUCUGAUUAUCAGUUAUGAAAUGUUACUUCGUUCCCUGGAUCAAAUUAAGAAUAUAAAAUUUGAUCUCCUCAUCUGUGAUGAAGGGCAUCGUUUGAAGAACAGUGCCAUUAAGACAACCACAGCCCUCAUUAGCCUCGCUUGUGAGAAAAGAAUAAUUCUAACUGGUACUCCAGUUCAGAAUGAUCUGCAAGAAUUUUUUGCAUUAAUUGAUUUUGUAAACCCAGGAAUAUUAGGCUCUUUGUCAUCAUUUAGAAAAAUAUAUGAAGAACCCAUCAUUGUAUCAAGACAACCUUCUGCUUCUAAGGAAGAAAAGGAGUUAGGAGAGAGAAGAGCAGCUGAACUUGUUUGCUUCACUGGACUCUUUUUUCUCAGAAGAACCCAAGAGGUCAUAAAUAAAUAUCUUCCACCUAAAAUAGAGAAUGUAGUCUUUUGCCGUCCAGGGGCACUACAGCUUGAACUUUAUCAAAAGCUGUUGAAUUCUCAGGCUGUGAGGUUCUGUCUUCAAGGGUCGUUGGAAAACAGUCCUCAUCUGAUAUGCAUAGGAGCUCUUAAGAAACUGUGCAAUCAUCCCUGCCUUUUGUUCAACUCCAUAAAGGAAAAAGAAUGUAGCUCAACUUGGGAUGAAAAUGAAGAGAGUAGUUUAUAUGAAGGCUUGAUAAAUGUGUUCCCUGCGGAUUAUAACCCUCUCAUGUUUACUGAGAAGGAGUCAGGAAAACUUCAAGUGCUGACAAAGCUCCUAGCUGUUAUCCACGAACUUCGUCCUACUGAAAGGGUGGUAUUGGUCUCCAACUACACACAAACUUUGAAUAUUUUACAAGAAGUAUGUAAGCGUCAUGGAUAUGCUUAUACAAGACUUGAUGGACAAACACCAGUCUCUCAAAGGCAGCAGAUUGUUGAUGGCUUCAAUAGUAAAUACUCUUCUGAUUUCAUUUUUUUAUUAAGUUCAAAAGCUGGUGGCGUGGGACUUAACCUUAUUGGAGGAUCUCACUUAAUUCUCUAUGACAUUGAUUGGAAUCCAGCCACUGAUAUCCAGGCAAUGUCUAGAGUGUGGAGAGAUGGUCAGAAACAUCCAGUACAUAUUUACAGACUCCUAACCACAGGUACAAUAGAAGAAAAGAUCUAUCAAAGGCAGAUCAGUAAGCAAGGUCUUUCUGGGGCGGUUGUAGACCUGGCCAAGACAUCUGAGCAUAUCCAGUUUUCAGUAGAGGAGCUUAAAAAUUUGUUCACAUUGCACGAAAGUUCACACUGUGUGACUCAUGACCUGCUUGACUGUGACUGUGCAGGAGAACGAGACCAUACAGGUGAUUCAUUGGAAAAAUGCCCUGUCUCUAGAAAUUGUCAGCUUGGCCCACAUCACAAGAAGUCUGACUCCCUGAAACCUCUCUCCAUGUCACAGCUGAAGCAAUGGAAACAUUUUUCUGGAGAUCAGUUAAAUCUUAAAGAUCCCUUUCUUGACAGAAUAAGAGAAAAUGUGUCAUUCUUUUUUCAGAAUAUAACCAAUCAAAAUACUGCUGCUCUGUUAUGAAAAGUUACUUCAUGACAUUCCCUUGCCCCCCCCCUUUAAAAAAUAACAGUAAUUAAAUGUAAGUUUUGAAAAUGAUAGAAUUACUUAUUUAUUUAAUUAAAUAUUUAUUGUUGAAAGUGUUACACAUGUCCCUUUUUCCCCCCCUUGACCCCUUCAAGCCUGCCCCUGUCCCCCACCCAGGCCUUCUCCAUCCUAUUAUCUGUGUCCAUGGGGUAUGCAUAUAUGCAUACAAGUUCUUUGGUUGAUCUCUUCCCACCCACCCAACCACCCCGUCUUCCCUCUGAGAUUCCACAGUCUGUUCCUUGCUUCUAUGUCUCUGGAUAGAAUUACUUACAUUACAAUAAUAAAUUUGUUGCAAAGUGUAUCAGAGUUUUGAUACAGCACUGUUGUUUGAUUUUUUAUAUAUAUCCUUUCUUAAAAAUGUAUUUUUAUUGAUUUCAGAGAGGAAGGGAGAGGGAGAGAUAGAAACAUCAAUGAUGAGAUAGAAUUAUUGAUCGGCUGCCUCCUGCACGCCUCCUGCACGCCCCCUGCUGGGGAUCGAGCCUGCAACCCAGGCAUGUGCCUUUGACCAGAAUCAAACCCAGGACUCUUCAGUCCGCAGGCUGACGCUCUAUCCACUGAGCCAAACCAGGUAGGGCAUAUAUUCUUAAAUGUUAAAACAUUAAAGACAUCUAUCAUUAUAUAAUUUUUUAUUAGUAAUUCCAUAAUUAAUGCACUUUUAUCAAGUACCCACUCAGGAAUUUUCAUAAGGAAUAUUAAAAAUGGUAAAAUACCUGUUUUUGGAAAAUCUAAUCUGAUUAGGAACAUUAGACAUAGAUGUGUCAGAUAAUUGAAUAACUUGAUAAAUUUAAACUAUAGUUUAGUAUAAUAAUCUCCAGGUCCAUCCAUGCUUUCACAAAUGGUAAGUGUUCCUUUUUUUUUUUUUUUUUUUACAGCCACUGUGUAAAUGUACCAUUGUGUAACCGUGCCAUAGCUCUUCUAUUUUUUUUUUUUUAAUCCUAACCCAAGGAUAUUUUUUCCGUUGAUUUUUGGAGAGAAUGGAAGGGGACGGGGAGAGACAGAGAAAGAAACAUCGCUGUGAAAGAAACAUAAAAUGGUUGCUUCCUGCAUGCAUCCUGAGCAGUGCUGGGAUAAGCCUGCAACUGCGGUACAUGCCCUUGACCGGAAUCAAACCUCGACCCUUCAGUCCAUGGCCGACACUCUAACCACUGCGUCAAUCGGCUAGAGCUACCACAGCUUUUUUAUCCACUCAUCUAGUCAUGGCACUUGGGCUGUUUCUGGAUCUUAGCUAUUGUAAAUAACACUGCUAUGAAAAUUUGGGUGCACAUAUUCUUUCCGAUUGGUGUUUUGGGAUUCUUAGGAAAUUCGUGACUUGCAGUAAACAAUGUGUAUAAUCAACAGAUGGUACUGUUUCUCUGAGCCGGUCCCAAAUUAAUAUAUUGGCUCAAAAGCAGUUUGUAGACAUGCUGUUUUUGUUUUUGAAGGACAGACUCAACAAAGGAAUACAUUUACCAGAAAAAUGAUCUUAAAAAAGUAUGGGGAUUAUGAAGGAAAAUGAAAGGAGGAAUAGAAGACAAGGAAAAAGAUCAGAUGUAUUUCUAAAAGAAAGAAAAGGUUUUGUAUAGUAUAUAUAUAUUUUUAGGAGUCAUUGUUACUGAGAAUACCUAUGAGAGAGAUUUGUUAUUUCAUCUAAGGAUUUGGUGGGCAAGAAAUAUCUGUAGAUGAGUUGGAAAUAAAACAAAACAGAAACAAAGGAGAAAAUAUCAUUUUGUGAGCAUGACCUGCUGGUGGCAGCAACAGAUCACAAUUGUCUCAACGCAUUAGGCAUUCCAGGCAAGUUUAAAGCAUAGAGCUCUCUGUUUUCAUGAGUUCAAACCAUAGGCUGCUGUUGUGAUAGCUAUAAAAAUGGACAAGUCACUCUCACUACCAAUAUGACUGACAGGAUUUUUUCAAGAGCAUUUUAUAUUAGCAGAGUUUUACACUUAUUCCCACCCCCCAUGGGUUGUGGGGGUAGGAAUUAAAUUAUAAAUUAAAUAAAAAGUGAGCAAUAUUUUAAAAACUGAUCGAAUGCAUAGAAUGUUGAAAAACAGUAACACUUUAGUUGUUGUAAGAUGAAGAUAGGUUUAAUGAACUGACUUGCAUAAAUGAAAAAUUUGUUGUUUUAUUGAGAAUGUUUGAGAGUCCUUCAGUAACUAUUUUUCAUUUCUCUUCCAUAAACAUUAUUAAGGAAUCCUUUGACUGUCAGAUGGCUUUGAAAACGUGGGAACCCUAAUUUUUAUUCCAUAAGUAGAAAAAAAUAAAUGAAUGUUUUGGUUGUUCUAUUUAUGCCUAACAAAAUGCUCAUUAAAAAAUACAAUUUUAGCCGUAACCGGUUUGGCUCAGUGGAUAGACCGUCGGCCUGCGGACUGAAGGAUCCCAGGUUCAAUUCCGGUCAAGGGCAUGUACCUUGGUUGCAGGCAUAUUUCCAGUAGGUGGUGUGCAGGAGGCAGCUGAUUGAUGUUUCUCUCUCAUCAAUGUUUCUAAUUCUCUAUCCCUCUCUCUUCCUCUCUGUAAAAAAUCAAUAAAAUAUAUUUUAAAAAAUACAAUUUUAAAGAAAGGAAAGUAUUUCUUCUUUUUUGUCUGGAUUCUUUAUUAUCUUAAGACUCAUCUGUGUUGUAUGUUCAGUCCCUUUAAAGCUGAGAAGCACUCUUAUUUUGUGUAUGUACUCACAAUUUUUUUUAACCCAUUCACAGGCUGACAGGCUCUUAGCUUGUUUCCAGUUUUG